AUGGCCUCCUUAUUCCCUCGCUCGAGUAUCCAGCUCGAUUACCCUCUCUACGCCGUCGAUUUUGACCCCGAGGAUUCGACCCGAGUAGUUGUAGGUGGUGGAGGUGGUGCUGGCCGCUCUGGUGUUGGAAACAAAAUUACUGUCCUCGAAGGCGUUUCUCAAACAGAACUACGAACGGCUGGAGAGAUCAACCUUUCACGCGAUGAAGACAGCGUCAUGUCCCUGGCAGUUGGCCCUCACAAGGGAAAGACAACAUAUCUCUACGCCGGCGUCAACUCCAGCCCAGAUAGCAUCGCAAAGGGCAAGAAUGAACACCUCCGAAUCCUAAGCGUCGACCCUUCGAAGCUGCGCACUGCCGUUGGGGCUAAGACACCCGAUGCCAACAUCUCAGAGGUCGCGCGUACCUCUCUCUUCGAAAACCCUGACCUCGAUACAUAUCAGCGACUAUUGCGCAUUGCGGGAUCGACUGGUGCUGCAGCUACAGCAAUGGGCAAGGAGCCCCAAUUGGCUAUCUUUGACGCUGCGGGUGCUACAGCCAAGCUACGAAAUGUUCUGAAACUAGACAAGGAGGCCGAGGAUUUGGAUAUUGUGCAAACAGGAGAGAAUGAGUUUCAGGUUGCCUACUGCUACAAGUACGAACUGUAUCUUGUCAAUGUCGGCGCCAAGGAGACCAACGAACCACAGCGGGUAUACGUUAUGCCAGACGACCAUGGCGAACGGCCUGCUUUCCGAGCAAUUCGUUAUCUCAGCCCUCAUUUCCUCGUCGCUGCGUCCAACUUACCCAAGCGAAGCGGAGUUGUGAUACAGGCUUUGAGAUUACCCAAGGACAGCCAACCAGAUGCACGCCUGUCCAUCAACGCCAGGAUACCAAGGAAGAUUUCUGCCACUGCUCUUGCUGUUGCGAACCUAUCACCUCCAGCUUCUCCUCUGAACGCCCUCGGCGAUACACAGUUCAUCAUCGCUAUUGCAGGCCAUGAUUCAUCCAUUUCACUCUAUACACUGGAACAUACAACGGGCGGCACUGUUGAGCUGCUGGCUAAAAUGUGGCACCUACACACUCUCAAGGAAGUCCACGGAACAGACAAUAUUACGGGAGUGGCAUUCUCUCACUUCCAGACACCCAAGAACAACCUUCGCCAACAGUACAUCAAACUCGCCAGCACAUCUCUCCAGAAGACGGUCGCUGUCCAUAGCAUUCCCCUUGCGAAGCAUGUGGAUAAGUUUCCCCGCAAUCCGAAGGGACCUCCUCGUCCAGUUCGCUACGUCACAGCUAUGAAGUCCCGCGGUGUUUCCUCUCGUGGCCUCGGUAUCACGAUGGCCAUCAUGGCGCUUAUCAUGGCCCUCGUUGCGCAAACUGUUCUCGAGCUCUAUGGCGGAUCUCGCCCAGUUCUUGGUGUGCAGAAGAUAUUCCCAUCAUGGCACGGCAGUUUGCGCAGCCCCGAUCACCCACCCGCCGCCUUCUUAGCUGACGAAUUUCUUGCCAAGCUUGCUGGUCGCGAUAUCGCCAAGGCUGCCACUGGUGAAACUCUGGUUGUUUACGAAGGUGAUGUGCCUCCUGCAACUGCCGGUGAAGACGGCCAAGCCCCGGAACUCAAGCUUGAUGUCCACGAGCCAUCUGUCCAUGGCCCAGGCAAGACUUGGGAGGAGUUAGGCGAGGAACAGAAGGAGGCCUGGAAGGCUCGUCUCAAGGAGGCUGGCGCCUGGACUCAGACCAUGGGCGAGAAUGUGUUCAAAGGUAUUCUGUUCGGCGAGAUUGCUGGUGCUGUCGGCCGAGCUGUUGCUGGUUGA